AUGGUGAUGGCAAUCGAUGGCAAUCUGCAUCGGGAUGCGGUCAGCAGACCCGUUUUGUGCCAGGGCUCCAAGCAGUUUGCCCACGUGCAACGCGACCAAGGUGCUGUUCUGGUCUUCCUGUUUCUCAACUGCAUAGCGCCGGGCAUGAUGGAGAUCACCAAGAUGCACGAGCGACUGAGGGCAAAUCCCCUCUUCAGCGAUCCAAGCUCCUGUCUCGUGCUGACUCUCCACAGCAUGCUCAGUGGUGAGGACCAUGCCAAGGUCUUCGACAAGCCCCGGAAGGGCGUCAGAAAGAUUGUACUGAGCACCAACAUUGCAGAGACUGGCGUCACCAUUCCAGAUGUGGUCUUCGUGGUUGAUUCUGGCAAAGUCAAAAGCCAAAGAUAUCAUGAGCCAUCCAACACAUCCUCCCUGAAAGAGCAGUUCAUCUCGAAAGCAGAGGUGCUGCAAAGGAAGGGUCGCGCUGGACGAGUUCGUGAUGGUUUUGGAUUCACCUUGCUGACGCAGAACCGAUUUCAAUUAAGACUCCAGGCUAUGCCAACACCUGAAAUUUUGCGUUGUUCGCUAAUGGAAUUGAUGCUCUCAGUUUUGAGCUCUGGUUUGCAACCCAGCUGCUUCUCGGAAGCUUUAGAUCCACCGCCCAAGUCCCGUGUGGAUCAGGCGGUGACCACUUUGCGCGCCACUGGAGCGGUGGAAGAGGGAGCCUUUCUGCUGCAGAGGGUUCGACCUGCGGAUGCAGUGCGCUGGAGCAGAGAGGAGGAAGAGACAUGGUUUGUGAUCACGCCAGUGGGCCAAUGCCUUGCUCGCUUGCCUUGUGAUGUGCGCUUGGGCAAGAUGGUGCUCUAUGCAGCCUUGUUUGGAGGAGUUGAGGCCGUUUGGACAGUGGCCGCCACCUUGACACAUCGAUCUCCGUUGGCGUCGCCCUUUUCUGAGAGCAAACGUGCGCAAGCACGGAUACGCUACACACCCAAGGGACAAAGCACUGGAUACGACUAUCCGCUGAAUUAUGGGAACCUGCAGUGCCAGGCUCAUGAUUCUGGACUAGCACCUUUCUGUGAUGGCACAUCGCCACCUGCAUGGUGCACGCAAAAAUGGUGCUAUGUGGACAAGAGUACCUGCACUGGUGUCGUCGCGUACAAAAGCUUUCUCUUCGAAAACUCGGAUGCUUACUACAGCUACCAAACCUGUGGCUCAUCCAACGAGUUUGAAAGCUGGACGACAUCUGUCAGUGCUGGGGAGAAGACCCCCAACAGCGUGGCGGAGUUGUUGGAUGUGGUGCAGGGAUACCUCUGGAGCACUCGAGAACGAGUGGAGACAGAGCACAGUGCAUUGACCAGCACGGAUUGCACUUGGAUCGACCAGUGUAAUUGCUUGGAAUGCAUUCAGAGCAGCCUGUGGAACAGGAAGGUGGACUUCAGCAAUGUGGGUGUCAAUGCAAAAGAUGCGCGGUUUGGAUGUUUGUCCCGACCAGUGUCUCAAAGUUACAUCAACAUUGCCGCCAAGGAGGCUGAACCCUUGGAGCGUGUUGGCUACAUCUACUUCUCUGAUCAUGCCACCGGCAGCUACUUGGGUUGGCCGGCAGUCGACUGGUGCCCAGAAUCAAACUACGAUCCUCGACUUCGCCCCUGGUAUUCCUCCGGCUCCACAGGUCCCAAGGAUUUGGUCAUCGUGGUGGACGUCAGUGGAUCGAUGAUCACAGCAGGGCGUUCCAGGUUGGCCAAAGCUGCCACAGCCGCUGUGAUCGACACCUUGGAGUGGAAGGACUAUGCGACCAUCAUCUUAUUCAACAAUGCCAUUUCAGCUCAGUACUCCCAGCAGCUGGUGCCAAUGUUUGAUGAAGAAAGAACGAAGGCGAAGACAUGGUUGAAUUCGCAGAGUUGGGAAAUGGGCGGUACCAACUUCAAAACAGCCCUGGACGCGGCAUUUAAUGCCAUCAGUCGCAGCGUCAGUGCGGGGACCACUUCCAUGUGCCAAAAGGCCAUCCUGUUCCUGACCGAUGGGCAAGCUGACUUCACCGAAUCGGACUUCGCAUCGAUUCAAUCGCGUUCUCAGGAGUUUAGUGUUGCACUCUUUACCUAUGCUUUGGGUUCUGGUGCAGAUACCACCAUCACUCGCCGUUUGGCUUGCGAGAAUUCAGGCAUUUUCUACCCACUCGCAGAUGGAGCAGACUUGAGCACGGCAAUGUCGAAGUACUAUGAGUACUUCGCGUCAGGCGUGGAGAUUUGCACUCCUUCCUUCACGCGUUACCAGGAUGUAGUCACCGGGGCUGAACUUUGGCCGGCCUGUUUGCCAAGCUACAACCGAUCUUCUGGUGAGCAAGGGCUUCUGGGGGUUAGCUGCCUGGAUUUGAACCUCAUGAUCGAUAUGAGCACGAUUAAGAGUGCAGACUAUUUCAGCAACUUCGUUUGCAAACUCUCGGAUCUCACGAAGCAAUGCCGGCAGCUGGACAUGAACGACUGCCGCUUGGAAAAGCUACGGCGAGCCGUUGAUCCGCAAUCCUCCUGUAUCGACAUGACGCUUGAUGCAACUUGUCCAUGUGCGGAUCCGACCUGUCAAGACAACGAGGACUUCUUGGAUGAAAAAAACUAUUUCUGCGACACUUGGGUGGGUGACGAUUGCAGCAAAGCUGCAUCUGACUGGGGUUAUUCCGCAUCGGGUCAGGAACAGGUGUUGGCGCAGUGCCGACGUUCUUGUGGCAGAUGCCCUGUGGGAACCUGUCCGCAACAAGCACAAUGCCAGAACGGGGCGCUCAUCUCUGAUUCCACAUGUCGCAGCCAGCGAACUGACAAAGUGCGACAACAACAUCGGGGCAAGACUCAAGUACUUUCAGUAAUGUUGGAGGAGCAAAUUCCGCUGGACCUGCAGGGCCACAGUGGAUCUGUCUCUAUAUGUUUGUUGGAUCCUGGCUGGUUUGAUACGCCCAUAGCGAGGUUGGUUUGCCAGUCACAUCAUGGAGCCGAGGAUGGGCGGAAGACCGCCCAAUUCUCAUUCUUGGCAGCGAAUGAUGAGAAUCUUGUGGGUCAUGACCCAUGCGUUGCAGAGAGCUUCUGCAAAAAGAGCUGGCUGAACAAUCAGGUGCUUCAGACCAUCAGAGACAUUCGAAAUGACUUCUUGGAAUCCUUGAAAGGUGACGGGUUUGUUGAGACCUUCUCAUCAAGCGAGGUCUCCAAACAGGACUUGAGCUCCGUGCACACCAUCACAGCCUUGCUAUUUGCCGGUCUCUAUCCCAACGUGGCAAGAAUAGAUGUUCCGAAGUCACCCACCGAGAAGUUCCCACUCCUCUCUGCGGGCUCUGAGCAGUUGAAAAUGCACCCAGGUUCCUUGUGCCAUGGCAAAAUCGAAGGGCUGCAUCGUACCAACAAUCGAUGGAUUUGCUAUCACACAAAGAUGAAGACUUCGCAGGUUUUCCUGAGAGAUAGCUCGUUCUUGGCUCCGAAUGCUUUACUUCUCUUCGGUGGUGAAGCAAAUACGCUAAGCAUCCACCCUUGGGAGAAGAGCGUAUCCAUCGGGACAGGCAGUGAGAAGCAUUGGCACACGGUGACCGUGGCCCCCCGCAUUGCAGCGCUGCUGCGACAGCUGCGGCAUUCUUUCGAUAACCUCUUGCGACGGAAGGCCGCUGGGAAUGGGAGGCCACCUUUCGGGGCCAAGACCCGAAAAACGUUGUGGAUAAGGACGCAACAGCUGCAUCCUGCAUUGUCUUGA